ACAAAAUGACGUAUCCUGAAACAGAUGUCAGGCUGAGGACUGACUUGAGUUAUUAUGAUAUGAUUGAUGAGGAACAUCACUUGAAACAGACACUCAGUCCUUUAACAGGGAUUGUAAAGAUGGUUUCUUCAUUCCCAAUAGAUUAUAUGCAUCUCUGUUGUCUUGGGUUGAUGAGAAAACUGUUGAAUAUGUGGUCAAAGGGCAAGCUAGCCACUAGGCUUCCUUCACAAACUGUUAACAGUAUAUCAAGCAAACUGCUGGUGUUACAUUCCCACACCCCUGUUGAAUUCAAUCGUAAGCCAAGAGGUUUGAAUGAGCUUGAUCGUUGGAAAGCUACUGAGCUCCGAUCCUUUAUGUUAUACUGGGGUCCUGUAGUUCUGAAGGGUUGCCUUCCCAGUGAGUUUUAUGACAAUUUUAUGUUAUUUUCUGUGGCCAUGUAUUUGCAUUUGUCACCGGGACUUUCUGACCAAAUGGUUGAAUUUGCACAUAGAUUGAUGAUUUCCUUUGUGAAACACUUUGGACAGCUGUAUGGUAGGGAUGAGAUUGUGUUCACUGUUCAUCAGCUUAUACAUUUAGUUGAUGAAUACAAACAAUUUGGACCUUUAGAUAAUGUUUCGGGAUUCCCUUUUGAGAAUUAUCUAGGCCAAAUUAAGCAUCUUUUACGCAAGCCACACAAACCUCUACAGCAGGUUGUCAAAAGGUUGUCAGAAAUGCCACAUGUUGAGCGUCCAUUAGCAACAGAUGAACCAGUCUUACAGAACAUCCAUACUGAUGGACCACUUCCUCGACAUUUCAAUGUUGCUCUACAGUACAGAAAGGUCUCCAGUAGUCGCUUUACCUUGUCUACAAAGCAGGGGGAUAAUUGUAUUGAGGUGGGAGAUACAAUUGCAGUAGUGCAGAAUAUAGUCCAAGAAGAAGAUGAGGUCUAUGUGAUAUACAGAAAGUUCAGACACCAAGAAUCAUAUUACACUUAUCCCUGUGAGUCCUCAUGCAUAGGUACAUAUAAGGUUAGAGAGUUGUGUGAUGAUUUCGGCGUUGGUAAACUUGGCUGUAUUAAACGUAAAUGUGUUCUGUAUCCAGAGUCAGAGGGAAAUAGCCUCAUAGCUAUUCCAAUAGCUCAUAUGCAGUAGCAUAGCAAGUUUAUGACUUCUUACGAUUCAUGAGUAUUUUUUUUUUUAAUCAUUUAUAUUCUAAUUGAAUUUAUUGUACACAGAAUGGAAAGAGAGGUGGUGCUUUGGGCCGUUGUUCUAUUUCCAAAUGGCGGCACUGCAACAGUUCUUUCCAGCUGGUUCAAUGCAAAGGAAGGUACAUUGUCCUGGCCCCCAAAAAACAUAAAUUAUUCAAAGGCCCUAAAAGAAAACAUGAUGCCCCGUAAAGGAUGGACCGCGUAUGAGAAUGUUCGGCUCUUAAAUACUUGUGGUAAGUAGUCACUACAUCACUAUUGUCUGAUGUGAAUUAUUCCAUAUCUAAGCCUGUCAAUCCCAUUUGUGACAGAAUGAAUGGCAUUACUUUUAUAUCGGUCACAAAUGGGACUAGUCAAUCAGGUUAAUUGAAGUGGCCACCUUGAUGUUAUUUUGUUCUCCUUUCUGGUAUCUAAGGAGAACCAUUACUCGUGGGUGUUUGGGUAUAGUAUAACAUAUAUUGGUAGUUAGUUACCUCAUUUGGCAGAUGGAAACUAAACAGAUAUGUAUUUGAAUUAAAAUCGAAUUGCCAUUUGCAAAACCCUGUUUAUAUUACGUUGUUUAUCAUACUUCUUAAAAAUGGGACUGUAUUUUCUGCCUGUUCUUUUACAGCCUCGUUUGAAAAGGCCAAGCAACAUGAAGAAAGGUAUGUCACUACUGGAUGUCCGACCACAGAUUUGGAAUCAGAGGUGGAAGCAGAUGUACGUCGGAAAAGAAGAACAAGAACAAAUACUGUGUAUGCGGAGUCAGAUGAGGAGCCAGAAACCAGCAGUGUUAAGAGAAAAUUUGCCAAGCCACCUGCUAUUCACUUUCCAGGUACAGUGGUGACACUGUCAGUUAUGAUACUACAACUACUUUUGCCAUGUAUAAUUCAACUUAUUUGUUAAUACAGUGCUGCCAGUAUCCAACCAGUACCCCUCUCUACCAACCCCAGAUGCAAGCAGUGGUAUGUCAUUGCUUAUUACAAUGGCAUAUGAGCUUUAAUUUAGUUCCUCUGGCAAUACAUGCAAACAUAUCAGUCAUGUGAUAUGUGUUG